GUACAGUAUGGAAUUUCCCCAAAAACAUUGAUGCGUAAAUCAUUGAAUAUAUUAUGUCAGUUGAAUUAACCAUUAAAAUCAAUAAAGAUUAUAAUUAUUUGAAGAUAAUAUUUUGUGUUACAAACAAUAGAAACAAUAAGUAGCCGAGAAAAUGAUGAGUAAAUUUUCUGCUGAGCUAAUUGAUGGCCAGCAUGGUUCCGGUCGUAAAAUAGGUCAAGUAAACACAUUUGUGCAAGCGUUUCAUGAUCUAGAUCUUUUUAUUCAUUACUUUGAAAACAUUUCUCGGCUUUCUUUUUGUAAAGAAUUUUAUGAGGGGGUAAUAAAGUUAAACAGACACUCUGGACUGGAUCUCUCAGCUGGAUGGCACCGGAUAUUCCUGCCACAUUAUUGUGUAUUAUACACAAGAACAUCAAUUGUCGGCUUUUUAAUCCAUAUGGGUCUUUUUUAUGAUAGGGCAACAUCUUUAGACUCAUUAUCCAGCGCCUUGAGUUCAUCAUCACAGAGCACUCUAUUGCCAGUUUCCUCUGAUAAGCUUGUCGACUACAAUGGACUCGAUUUUCGCCUCAUUGUGGACUCAAAGAGUGGACCUCAGGUCACUGUGACAUUCAUUGCCUCAACGCAUAUAGAGAAAGCAGCCUGGUGCAGUGACAUCAGUCAAUGCAUAGAGAAUCUUCACUACAGUGAUCUGCUAAAUAGCUCCAUGAGUGAAUCAUCCUCUGUCACCAUGCCCCAGUCUGUCAGGUCUGAUCCGAAGUUAUUUCGAGAUGAUGUUGAUAUAAAGUUCAGUCGUACUCUCAACUCUUGUAAAGUACCACAGAUCCGGCAUGGGAGCGUAGAGAGACUGCUUGAGCGCCUGACAGACCUACGCUUUCUGAGUAUUGACUUUCUCAACACGUUUUUGCUCACAUAUCGCGUGUUCACGACAGGCGAAAAGGUCCUUGAGGCCCUGAAAAAGGUCUACCGAUCCCUUGAGGCCUCUGGGUCAGAUUCCGAGAUGGGCAGGGAUGGGGAGGAAAAAGAUGGUCUAGGAGGGGACUUGGGAAGCCCAUCCCAGUUCACAAAGGAGCCACCCUCUAUGGAUCGUAUUGUGAAGCCAAACGUUCAUAAGAUGGACAGAAUACGACGUAUCAGUACCGGAUGUAUGAAGCUGGAGGUCACUGGAAAUACACUUAACCAAGCUGUUUCUCAGUUGGCUUCUACAUCUGGUCAGACGACUACUGGGGACUCCUCCUCGCACUCGGAACAACGAACAGGAAAGAAACACAUAAACUUUACAGGAUUGGCCCGUGAGGAGUCAAUGGAUAGCGAUGACAGUCGGACUGAACUUGACAGUUUCCUCGGGCCUCCUAAACAGGCACCAAUAGCGACGUGUGAGACUUUGUGUGACACAGAUAUACCCGACAUACCUGCAAUAAAAAUGGACCAAUCUCUUAGUGACAUCGUGGUGUUAGGUACGGAUUUCGGUGAAUCAUCAUGCGAUGAUUUUGACUUCAUAAACAGGAAAUACCUUAUGCCAGACAGUGCCACAGGUCUCUCUUUAAGUCCAUCAGACUCAUUAGACUCGUAUCGAACUGGUUUGCGGACUGUGUCGAGUUCAGAUACCCUGACCCCUGGGCCAAGCACCCCACGCCCAAGUCCCAUCACCAGUCCCCUUGGGAGCCCAAGGCGCUCACUUCCGCAGCCCCUUAGCCCCAAGAGCGGUGAAACAAGCCCAAGGCGCCCAUCAACGCCUGUCAAAAUGCCUGGAAUGUCAAGCUUAUCUGAGACUCUUUUUGGGACUCCAACCACCCCACCGACCAUCCGGCUUGGCAUGCCAAAUACUUCAUCUCCUGUGCGAAUUCCAUCACCAAUAAUAACUACUACCUCACCAAAGAAAACGAUACGAUCACCAAGUGCUAGUCCUAAACUGAGACGAGCUCCAUCUCCCAUCAGUUAUAGCUUCUCAGUUCCAAACAUCGUUGCUCCACAAAUCAAAGUCAAACAUUUCAGUUCAGAGGCUGACAUGACACCGACAGUUACGCCACGCAGCAGUUUUGCCUCCCAGAUUGAUGGGUCCCCACCCCAGGCACGGGCCGGAGCCGUUGUCACCUCAUCUAGGGCCUCAAAAAGAAGGUCGAGUUCAUCAGCAGCAACAGCAGCGUUUGCAGCAGCAACAGCAGGGUCAGGUUACUCACCAGACCAAUCUUCGAGUCGUGUACAGAGGUUUCUUAGCGCUGGGGCAGGUGCAACUGACCCGCGUAUGUUGAAGAAGCGCGAGUCUGUGAUCAGUACAGCGGCCACCAUGCGAGUACUGAACAUCCUUAAACACUGGGUCUCAAAACACUCUCAGGAUUUUGAGUGUGAUCCUGCACUGAAGGGCUCAGUUAUUGACUUCUUGGAAGAGAUGGUGUGUAAUGCUAACCUGUUACCAGCGGAGCACAAGGCCGCUGCUUCCAUUCUCCGCACACUUUCAAAGGAAUCAACGGAACCUAAAAUAGAUCUCACAAAGCUCCUAGCUCACCCUGAGACACAAUCAAAGGACACUUUUGACACCCUAUCUGCCUUGGACAUAUCUGAACAACUCACAUUUCUCGAUCAUCAAAUAUUUACCUCAAUCAGGAGCGAGGAGCUACUAGGUCAGGCUUGGAUGAAGCAUGACAAGGCAAUGAAGGCUCCACAUGUACUCCUUGUCAGUAAACGCUUCAAUGAGGUGAGUCGAUUGGUAGUGACGGAGAUCGUAAGUCGACAGAUCUUGCAGGACCGUGUGGCGUGCAUCGAGAAGUGGGCAGCCAUUGCUGAUAUCUGCCGAUGUAUGCACAACUACAAUGGGGUUCUCCAGAUCUGUGCUGCGUUUGUCAAUAGUUCUGUGUACAGACUCAAAAAGACAUGGGAAAAGCUGUCAAAACAGACAAAGCAGAUGAUUGAAAGACUCCAAACUCUCGUGUCCUCAGACGGUCGCUUCAAAAACAUGAGGGAUGCAUUACACAGGUGUGACCCCCCUUGUAUUCCAUACCUGGGCAUGUACCUGACAGACUUAUCAUUCAUCGAGGAGGGCACGCCAGACAGGACUGAGGACAGCCUCAUCAACUUUUCCAAGAUGAGAAUGAUUGCGCAUGUGAUCCGGGAAAUCCGCCUAUUCCAGCAGACACCAUACAGGAUUGAACAUCACCCAAGGGUGACAAACUACCUUCUGGAUACCACACGUCUUUACGAUGAUGAACAAACUUACAAAGCCUCUCUGGAUAUCGAGCCCAAAGUCUCACGGUUGUCAAUGGCAUCUGCCACACAGGGAUCAACUUGAUUAGGACUUUUUUGCUUCUCCACCAUUACCAAAUAUAACUGUGAUGUCAUUAUGGAAAGGGAAUGUCAUUCCUGUGUGUCAUUUGUGAUAGUUUUAAAGUUGUUGAAAUUGAAUUGAUGGAAUGUGUUUAAGGUGUUAUUUAUAGUGUUUGUUGUAACAAAUUGUGAAGUCUGGAUUUUUAAACUGUUAAUGAUUGUGAAAGGAGUGUGUUCUAUUUGGUUCUGCAGAUCUACUAGUUUCCAUACAUUCCUUUGUGAACUUGAUACUGUGACAGAUUUGUUGCAAAAUGGAUACAGUUACUAGUUACUGUAAAAGUUGGAAGAUGGACUGUUUAUAUAAGAUAACAUAUUGAGUUGGUUUGAGAAAAGUAUGUCAUACAGCAUUCUAUAUAAGCUCUGUAGAGCUUUUGAAGCCAAUUAAAUGUUUGACUUGAGACAAUAUAAAAUGUCAAGAAGUGGAGAUUAUGAUGUUGUAAUUUUUUUUCUUGUUAAUCAUGUGUCAGACGUUCAUGAUGGAAUAUUAUGUUAAAACUUGAAAAUGAAAUUUCUACUGGAGAUGGAGUUCUUGGAAUACUGAAGCUUAAAACAAAGCUAAGACUAGCCAGCAUGGUAAUUUACGGCUUUAAGUGCAAUGUACAUAUUUCUCUACAAAUCAUACAGACCAGUAGAAAAUUGAAAUAAUUACUGCACCUUUAUCAAGCAUCAAAGUGGACUUAAACCAGAUACAAAUCUAAUGGAUGUAAUUAUGUGUUAAAUAUGGAUGUUGGGAAUAUGGGAAUUUAAACCUAGAAGAAUUCCACUCACAUUUGCUUGAUAUGGUUUUUGAUUUCCUGUGGAGUGAAUCCUUAAAUUUUGAAAAAUCAUGUGAAAUUCUGCAUCUUAUAUAUUUGUGCAGACAGUACUUCAAGGAGAUAGAUAUAUUUAAAUCUUUUUUGUUCCUGAAUAUAUGGCUUUCCUUUGAAAUAUUUUUUUAUGAGUAAAGCAACUUAGUUUUUUGCUUGACUAUUCAAAAAAUAAGGAGAGCUUUACUACAUGUGCUCACCCUGGCGUCGGCAUCACACCCUGGAUUAAAGUUUGGCAUGUGAGUACCUUCAUAUAUUGCAUUGAAACAUAAGAUGUGUGCUCAAAACAAUACAACCUACUUCAAUAAAGAAUUUAGACAACACUGUUUUGAAUAUAAUGCAAAUAAUAAGCCCUUAUUAAUUCAACUCAGAAAUGUUCGUUAAGGUUUUGCAUGUAACCACAUUUAAGUCAAUAUAUCUCAGUCAAAACAUGAUGUAUUGCAUUGUAACUUCAGACAUGUGCUCCCUACUAUCCGACCUACUUCAUUAAUCAAGUAAGAUAACUGCAAUAAUAACUGCAUAUAAGGCAAAUGAUUGUCUUCAUUAUUCAACUGAAAAAGGUUUUGCAUGUAAGCACAUAUAUGUUAAUAUCUCAGCAUCUACUUGAUGUAUUGCAUUGAGACUUAAUACAACUGUACUCAACCAUGCCACCUACUUAAAUAAUCAAAUCAGAUGACUCUAUUUCGCAUAUAAUGCAAAUAAUGGCCCUUUAUUUUUCAACUUAGAAAUUAUGGCUCAGGUUUUACAUGUUACCACAUUUAGUCAAUAUCUCCGCAAAUACAUCAUGUAUGACAUUGAAACACUAGACAUGUCUUCCCAACUAUGCAACCUACUUCUUUAAUGAAGUAAAAUAACUAUAUCUUUCUUAUAAUGCAAAUUAUUGCCCUUUAUUAUUCAACCUAAAAAAUCUGGUUAAGGUUUUGCAUGUAAGCUCACGUAGGUUAAUAUCUCAGCAACUACUUCAUGUGUUGCAUUGAGACUUUAAACAAACUGUACUCAACCAUCAAAUCUACUUGAAUAACCAAGUUAGAUUAGCACAGAUAGGUCAAUGUAUCAGCAACUACCUGGCCCCAAUUUCUCGAAACUCCUUAAGCUUAACAGGCUUAAGUAGCUUAUUUCAAUUAGCCUAAAUACCUACUAAAAUGAAUUUUGAUAAAUGAAAAAUGGUAUAUUGUUAUUAUUAUAAUGAUAAUUCCUAUCUAAAGUAUAUACACUCUUAAAGAAGGUAAUAUUAUGCAAUUUAUUGAACACCAAAAAUAGUGAGCUUAGCUUAAUCCUGUUAUAAGAGACUUAAGAAGUUUCAAGAAAUCGGGGCCUGAUGUAUUGCAUUGAGACUUUAUACAAUGGUAUUCAACUAUCCAAACUACUUGAAUAACCAAGUAAGAUAACUCUAUUUAGUAUAUAGUGCAUAUUAUGGCCCUUUAUUUUCCGAAUUAGAAAUAUUGGUUAUUUUUUUGCAUGUAACCACAUUUAAUUUUAUAUCUCAGCAAAUACAUCAUGUAUCAUUGAAAUUUUGGACAUGUGUUCCCAACUAUCUAACCUUAUUAAUUAAUCAAGUUAGAUAAGCCUAUCUUGCAUAUUAUAAUGUCAAAUAUUUUCCUUUAUUAUUUGACAUAGACAUUCAUAAUAUCUCUUCAUCUACUGAAUGUAUUUGCAUUGAGACUUUAUACAAUGGUACUCUACCAUCCAGGCUACUUGAAUAAAAACAAGUUAUAUAACUCUAUUUUUCAUAUAAUGCAAAAUAUGGCCUUUAUCAUUCAAUUAACAUGUAGAAACUUGUGUAAUAGGUUUUGCAUUUAACCAUAUUUAGGCCAAUAUCUCAGCAAAUACAUCAUGUAGUGCAUUGAAACUUUAGACAUGAAUUCCCAACUAACCAAUCUACUUCAAUAAUCAAAUAAGAUAACCCUAUAUUGCAUUACGGUAAUGCAAAAAUGCCCUUUAUUAUUUUACUUUAAAAUUCUGGUUAAGGUUUUGCAUGUAAGCACAAAAAGGCUAAUAUCACAGCAGCUACUACAUGCAUUGAGACUUUAUAAACCUAAUUAUCAAACAUACUUUAAUAAUCAUGUUGGAUAACUCUAUUUUGCAUAUUAUGUGAAUUAUGGCCCUUUAUUAGUUGACUAAUAAAUUCUGUUUAAGGUUUUGCAUGUUGUCUACAGUGAUCCAUGCAUGUUUUACCAAAACUUUACAAUUCUUAAACUUAAAGCAGCAGAAUAGUCAAGCGAGCUGUCUCUGUGACAACCCCAGUUUAAAGAUCUGUUUUAUAAUAAAAGUUUUUCAUGGCCUUAUUUUUUCCUAAGAAUUAUAGUGUUUGAAAUAAGGUGGUAAUAAAGUAGUUUCUUUUUGUUUUCAGAACAAAUUCAUGUAAUUUUCAUGAUAAGUGAUGAGAUUAUUUUAUUUACAUAUUUUGAGGUUUGAUUUUCUUGAUAGUAUGUAUUCAUAUAUUUCUAGAAUUGCAAUAGAAGUUUUUAAUAUUUAAUAGAGGUUAUGAUGGUCCAGCGUCUACGAAAAUGCUUAAUUGGUAAUUAUGCUUUACCCUAUUGAGCUUUGUGUGGCAAAAUGUCUCAUUUGCGUACAUUGACAUCUAUGUAAAAUUAUUUGUAGAGCCUAUUUUGCUGAACAAAGCUCACUUUACAGUGCAGAAGUAGUGUUCAUUUUAUAACUCUAAUAUAGGCAUACACUUGUACAAUAUUAAGUUAGCUGUUCUGGGUUUUUUGAUGAUUUAAAGUCGAGGUAUUGUAAUAGCCAACCAACAUAAAAAAUGAAAAAGAGAUUGAACUUCAUUCUUACAGGGUUCAUUGCAACUACAAGCUGUGCUCUAUUUACUCAUUCUCAUUCAUCAGAUGUUUGAUGGUGAUAAAUCUUAUCUCUGAUUCAAUCGCUGCCAAUUCGAGUGCAAAACUAUAAAUAUAUUAUUUUCCUGAUGUCAUAGUCGUCCAAUCAAAAGGCUUGUUACUUUAAGCAUACUAAACUAUCGAACACUGACCAUCCAUACUCUGUCUUGCGGCUUAUUUAAUUUUUUAUCAAGUUAAAUAAGCAAUCUGCUUUGAUACGAAUAUGAAGUUUCGUAGCAAAUAUCUUUUUCAGCGAUUUACAUUUAAAACACAUGUCAUUUAGGUACUUACUGUAAUUUCAUAAUGGACCCAUGAAGUAAAAGUUUAAAAGUGUAUAAUAAAGACAACCAACAAAUAUUGAAUUAAAACUACAAAACAAAAGAUUCACAUAUUUCACAAUUGUAUGCUUAUAAGGCAAGUAUUUUUAAGGUCAAUAUGCUUUAUUUUUUAUCGGGACUAUAAGGGGGGAGUGGGGGACAAUAUUGUGCGAGUGUUCUUUGGGGAUGAAGCUGUGUAGGGUGGUAUAUUGACGUUGACACAAUUAAUUGUUCACAAUCAGUUAUGAUUAUCAAAUAUACAUUUAAAAUAUCCAAGCAAGUUCCAUAUAUUGAAAUACAUAUUUAAUACGAAAAAGUAAAUGACGGGAAUAUCGCCAAAUUAUUACAGUCAAGAAUAUUUACUUAUGAAAAGCCCAAAAAUUGUAAAAACAAUCAAUUUAUGUGGUAUUUAUAAGUAUUUUCCUCUCAAUGUCCUCUUGCAAGUCAUAAACGAUGGCCAAUAUUAAAUAAUUUGCCCUGCAUAGAUGACACAUGGAGGGGCCAUAAACCAAUAUCGCUCAUUCCAAUACACCCGAGUCACCCUUCAGUUUCCCUGGAUCUAAAUUAUUCAGAUGAAUUUAGAUGAUUCAUGUAUGUUUAAUAUUGAACGACAGAUAUAUCUGUCACUUAUUGAUACCUCUUUAUCAAGAGUUUUAAAAUCAGUUUUUUUUCAGUUUUAUAGUUGAUUGCAUAAAGCAAUACACAAUGUUUAUAGCAUAAACAAAAUGGUUCAAUCAAAUGGGUACUAUAGAACAGUAUCGAGGUAUUUUCAAGAGCAUACAAUGUUAUACAAAAGUGGUUUCUAGGUUUAGUUAUUUGAAAGAAGUUUUUAUGAUAUUCUAAUCUAUUUGCAAAAAACAGGAAUUUUGAAAUAUUAUAACAUACAUGUGAUAACGUCCCGGACGUCUGGGAUUAUCCCGGAAAUCGUAUCUCUGUCACGGAGUCACAGAGGGUGCAUGUUUGUCCCGGAAAGUCAUAAACGAGUCGGGGAGGGUUCUUGUAUACAAAUUCAUUGUUUUCAUAUGGAUUUGUUUGGUCUUAUGAAUGAUAGCUUUUAAUUGAUGAAUUGAUAUUUUUCACACAUUUUACCGACAAACGAGCAUGAAGGUAAGUUCAAAGAAAGUGACAAAAGGAGUAAAAAAUGUAGUUGGUCCUGUUAGUGUAUGUUCUUCAAAUGAAAUACAUAUUACACAUAGAAAAUCUAUUGUAUUAUUUAUUCAUUUUUAUUAAUUUAUGCUGUUAUGAUUAUAAAACGCAAUAAAAUUGAAAUCCUUCAGUUGAUGUUCUUGUUCAAACCCACAAAUAUCACGCCCUGCAGAAACCGCGGGUCUUUCUCCUGACGUGACAGACACGUCUCUAUCAAAAUUAUAUGCAUCUCCAAACAGAAAAAAGGUCAUCGACUGAAAAAUCUUCUUGAUCGUCUGGAAAAUAUUGUGUGUCAUAAAUUGCAAACGUUUUAAAUGUGAUGAAAAAAUUAAUAUUUUGUAACGCAUGUUCUCAAAAGCUCGGGAAAACAGUUGCCCGUAUAGUUGUUUAUUGCCUGUUUUGAUGAAACCGAAAGUAGACUGCAUAUUCUCCUGGUUAGCCCUUCAUUUAAAGCCUGGGAAAAUCUCUGGUGGUUUUAUUUUUUCAAGAAAAUGCAGGGAAAAAAAACCAAGUCAAGUAAAAAAAAACGUCGUGGCAGUCAAAAUAGGUACAUUUUCCCCAUGUUAAAAAUGACUAAAAUAGCCCCAGAUAUGCUCUAGAAUGCACCACAGACGUUCCCCAUUUAAAAAAAAUUCCGGGGGGGAGGGGGGGGGGUGCUGGCCGGACCCCCCUAGUGUGCGUUGACAUUACGACGAGUGUCCCAGAAUCGACCCAAGAAAUUAUCACAUGUAUGAUUAUAAAUAGGUUUCUUUUAUUUUGAGGUCAUAAGAAUGUUAAAUUGUUUUAGUUGGCCAAUGGAAAAAAAUAAUUUUUUUUAAACAAUUUAUUCAUUAGUUCUUUGUAUUUUGGGCACUCUAGAUGAAAGUGGUAUUCCGAAUCAAUUAAGUUCACGUUGCAAGAUUUACGAAAUCUUUCAUUUUGGGGGGUGUUUGGAGGUCUUCCAGUUUCAAUUGCCAAUUGCUUACAGUGAUGAUGUUCGAAAAAAAUUCGCUAAAGUUUUUUUUAAAUGUUUUCAGUUAUUGAGUCAAAAUAAAUUUCUUUUUCAAAUGUAUGUUUGUAUAGAGCAAAUACUGGUUAAUUUUGAGUUGUUGUUAACUUCAGAGUACCAUUAUUACCAAAUCAACAUUAAAAAGGACCAAAAAGUUAUCAUAUCAAAUGAACAUUAAAAAGUAUGAAAUGAAUUUCUUUUAUGUAUCACAGUAACUGGAAAUAUUUAUACUAGUUAUAAAUAAGCUAUGUCGGUUUUAAUAUUUUUCUUCUAUAUAUAUAUGUAUUCUGUAUGAGCCAAAUGGAUAUAUACGGCAAUUUUACGUCCUUGCCAUUAUGUUGGAAUUUUAAUGAAUUGAAGAUUACAAAAUAUGCGGUCCAUGUGUCAUUUAUAAUCAUACAAGAAAUAUGAAAAGCCUGGACUUUUGUCUCAUAUCGGUUGUCUUCAAGAUUCCUAAUUUUAAUUGUGUUUGUUAGGCUCUUUUUCAUUGGCUAAAGGCAAUCUCCACGGUUUGCCGAUUCCAAGAGAAUCUAUAGAUAGAAAACAGCGAAACGUCUCAGAUUCGGGACGAUUGAACCAGAGUGUGGUAAGCAUAGCAUCAUCACUCUGGUGAACGAGAAUGUAUUUAUUGAAUUUUCACUCAUCCUGAACAGAUCUACAAAAUAUUUGAGUUAUUAAAUGACUGUUGUCUUAUGUGUUUUAGCCAAAACAUUGUUGCUAUUCUCCAUUUUAUCAACAUCUUUUGUGUAUGUUAUAUUUUUUUAUAAAUGCUGUAAUUUCAUGUUAGAUGAAUACCGGUAUAUGUUCAUGGUUAUUCAUAUUAUUAUUAUUUUUAUAAACAAUGUACAUUUUCUGGUCAAGAUGAAAGGUUUAGGAGAGUUUGAACUUGUUAUCUGCUUUCUUGUUUAAAAGUAUACAUUCAUGAUAUCAACUUCUUAAUGGCAAUUUCCUAUUAGGCUGAAGUUUCAAAUAUCUUUAGUAUUACAUAUUUAGAGCAAAUUGUUUACAAUUAAUUUCAAAUGUACUGCCUUACAUUUACCCAUUUUUAGCUCUACUGGCCAAAGGCCAAAAGAGCUUAUGCGAUGGUAAUGUGUACGUAGUAUGUGCGUCCGUGCGUCUGUAAACAAUUGCUUGUGAACACGAUACAGUCUUCAUUUUUGAUCGUAUCUCGAUGAAACUUGUACAGUAUCUAGAUAUCCAUUAAACUCGGUUCCUUUCAAAAUCCAGCCAGAUCUGCCCAUGCAUGCCUAGAUUAUGGCCCUUGAUAGUAUAAAAAAAUGCUAUUGUGUAAACAUUAGCUUGCGAACACGAUACAGUCUUCAGUUUUUAUCUGCCCAUGCAUGCCGGGAUUAUGGGUCUUGAAAGUAUAAAAAAUGCUAUUUUAAGCUAAGUCUAUUUUUAGCCAAGUCUACAUGAGCGAAGUCAAGUUUUAGCCAAGAUUACAUGUAAAGUCACAAUUGCUUGUGAAGGUUUGUUCAAAUUAUGCCCCUG